AUGGUGUUAUCUGGUUCCCAGUGGCUCCUGUCUGUCUGUCUUCUGUCCUGGUGUUGUGAUGCAGGGGUGCUGAGGAGUGUGGACCCAGAGUCAGAAUUACCAACACCUCUGGUGAUCUGGUCUGAGGAAGAGAUUGGGAAGAACAUGAUGGAGGAUAUGGAGAACAAGGUCUUGAAUGCUACUGCCGGAUUGUGUGAGAUUCUUGCUAAUGAUCCUAAAUUACAGCAAGGGUACAUUGCUGUUACAUUUUCCAAAGAACUCCAGAUACUGUAA